UUAGAUCAAUAGUUAAGUUUGGAUAAAUACCAUAAUUAUACCGACACAAACGUACAUAACCUUUUGUAAUGCUUGGUAGUAAAAUGUGCUCCAAUUCUUGAAAGGAUUGAGUUAAAAAAGAGGAGAGACAAUGGUGAUCUCAAUGAAAUUACAUACCUGUGCAAAAACUUUAUUAAAUCUGUACAUAUGUAGACUGAACAGGUUUUCAAUGGAAUACAUACGGAACCUGCAUAAUCUCAAUCAAUCAAGAUUUUCUAACAUACAGUGUAAUCAGAAUAAUUUUCCGCAAUUAUAUGGAAUUAACAAUUUUUCCACCACAAAAACAUUGUUAAAAGGUAAAGAUCGCGGGAGAGAUAAGAAAAAGGUACAGGUUAUGGAUAUUAAUCCUGAUGAAUUAGAUGGGGUUAUAAAUGUAGAUCGUAUGAAGUUACUGCUUGACAAUGCAUUUGAAGACUAUAAGAAUCAAUUGAUAAAACAUGUAAGUUUGCGUACCAGUUUGGGUGCUAUUGAAGAAUUAAUGAUAAAAUAUGAUGGUACUGAAUAUCAACUUCAAGAAAUAGUAGAAAUUAGUCGAAAACCUAAACUGAUAGUAUUGAACAUGUCUGCCUUUCCUCAAAUAAUUCCUGAUGUCCUGAAAACUCUGUCGAAAUCUCAAAUGAAUUUGAAUCCACAACAAGAGGGUACCGUGAUUUAUUUACCAACACCAAAAGUCACUAAAGAACACAGAGUAAAUUUAGCAAAAACAGCAAAAGCAUAUUUUGUGAAGUGCAAAAAUGAAAUCAACGAUGUGCGAAAUAAGUAUAUAAAGACAGCGAAAAAUAAAGAGGGUUUGUCUACAGAUUUAGUUUUCAGAGCUGAGAAUUACAUAAGCAAUAUAACUCAUGACUACAUUAACAAUGCUGAGCAGUUGUUGCAAACAAAAGAGAAAGAACUAUUAGGUGAUUCAUCGUAGUUAUUAUAUUUAAACAGCAAUGAAACUUUAAAGUGAGAUAAUAUUCAACUGUACAUAUACACAAAAUAUAUAAAAUACUUAUAUUUUCACAAUA